AUGGCGAACAAAGAGACGUGGAAGGACUCGGACAAAGUCGAGGCACGAGACGCCGCGUCGGAGCUACCGCGAGGCAAUCGACGCUAUGUGACGGCGUUUCUAUGUCUCUGUGUCUCGACCAUCUGCUACGCUGAACGGACCAACAUGGGCAUAGCGUUGCCGGCGCUCGUGCUCGAUAAGAAGGAGCAGGGCGAAGUGCUGUCGGCGUUUUUCUAUGGCUACAUGUGCACUCAAAUCCUCGGGGGGUAUUUUGCUGCUAGAUUUGGCGCGAAGAUUGUGUUGCUCACUGGUGUUGUCGUCUGGACGCUGUUCGAUCUGUCGACAGUGGUCGUGGCAAAAUGCCUCACGUGUCUGUUGUUCACGAGAGCAGGUAUGGGCGUUGGAGAAGGCAUCUUGUUCCCUUGCAUGCACCAGAUCGCGAGUGCAUGGUACCCGGUACAGGAAAGGAGUCGUCUCGUGACGCUAGUUGCAAGUGGCUCCGAUCUGGGCACCAUCUCUGCACUGAUCAUAUCGCCUGCGAUAAUGGCAGCCAGUGGCUGGCAACGCAUUUUCGUUGUGUUUGGCGCUUUCAGCUUCGUCUGGGUUGUGGCGUAUGUGUUUAGAGGAGCUAGUCGGCCAGAAGAUGGCCCACGCAUCACCGUGGAGGAACAAACGUUCAUUUUGCGCAACCGCAUUGCAAAUCCAAGCACCACCUGUCAACAUCGCGCCGAUCUGGACUGGAUCCAUACGUUGAACUGGCGCUUCCUGCUGGACUGGAUCACGCAGUAUGUUCGCCAAGGCCUGAACCUCGAUCUGGCCAAGAAGGGCGGGUUCGCUGCGGCGCUGCCCUACAUGUACGGCUACAUCGGGACUUUGCUGUUUGGACGGCUAGGAGACCUGUUAGGCACUCGCGGCCAUCGUGCACUGCAUGUGCGUCAAGUCAUGAAUGCGUUUUCGUUCCUCGGAUGCGCUUACUUUCUCGUCCUGCUGCGUUUCGCGAACUCAGCCCCCGCUGCAGGUGCCGCGUUGUGUAUGACACCGUCCACCGGUUGCGCCGCUAUGGCUGGAUACUGGGUCAACAUGAUCGAUGUGGCGCCAAACCACGCUGCGCACAUUAUGGGCGUCUCCAACACCUUCGGAACCAUUCCUGGCAUCAUUGGCAAUUUGGUCACAGGCGCAAUUCUGCAAGCUACGGGAUCGUGGGACCUCGUGUUUGCAGUUGCUGCGCUUGUUCUCGUGUUCGGCGCGACGUUUUUCCAUUACUGCGCAUCGGAUGAAUCGAUUUACACACAGCCGAGCUAUCGAGAAGGGUACAACAGAAGCAGCGCAACUUCAAACAGCUUUUCUGGUAGCCUCGAUUGCAGCCUGUCUCUUUCGUCGAUCCCUGACGAAGAGGAGAGCUUGCUUGAAAACCGAAUAUGA